GACAUUGAUGUGCACGUAUCAGCUAUAAGCUGCCUGUGCAUUCAUAAAUAAUAAUAAAAAAACUAAAAGUACCACUACUACAAUUUAUUUAAAAUAGGCUUAUUGAAAUUAAUGACGUAACAUUAACAUCUAGUAGUUUAAAAAAAAACACGAUACUGUCACAAACUUUUUCAGCACAAAAGAAAACAAAACACAGCGCCAUCUAGUAUAAUUUUCACGAACUACACCGUUUGACUACCCCCAGCCAUAACUCAAUAAGUUACGUACACGGUCACUAGGUUACAAAUAUCUUACGUAAUACCGUUCAACUUCCGACAGGGGCGCCACUAUCGACUCUUCUCCGCAUGCGUCGAACCAUAGAUUCAGGAUUACUGGGACUAACGCGCGGCAGCAUGCCGAUAUAAAAAGAGAGGGAGAUAUAUUUUUAGCAAGUCAAAUGUCAAUUGCUCUAUUUUUCCGUUCAUAAAACCUUAGGUGUAACAGAAAUAGCUGUAUGUUUUUGGUGUUUCCGUCUCUGUCGGAGUAGAGUACGCAAUGAGUGGAAAAUGUAGCUAUUUGCUGAAUUAUUUACUAGUUCCUUUAUUUUCAGUGUGCAUAAAAUUCAUGAAUGGCGUGUCUCGCAACCUGUCGCCAGUUUUAUUGUAAAUUAUAAUAUUAAUGUUAGAAAAUGAUAGCUUUAAUUUACUACAUAAUCAAAGGUGAAACGAAUAGGUAGUGUUGCGAAAAGGCGGAGAAGCCCGCAAAACAUCGACAAUAAAAACACUGGCCGCUUAGUUGACAACUUGACAAAGCAUAUUAUUAUGGAAGGUAGAGCAAGGAACAAAAUCUCCAUAUACCAAAAAGUGUCCGACAAAAAACCAUAAAUAGGUGGCGCUACAAUACCUAGAACACUUGAGAAAAAAAUCUAAUCAUAGACAGCGCACUUCACUCCGUCAAUAACGCCUAGGUUCUUAGCUACUCUGGAGAGGUUUGGAACUAUUAUUUAUAGGUGACACUUUUUCAACAAUUCUGCCUAAGGAGUUACUGAUCCUUGCCUCUACCUCAAAAAGUAAAAGUAAGUAUCUCUACCUUCCAUACAUAUUAUAGUGUAGGUACGUGAAUUUUUGUUAGAUGAUUAUUAAUGGUAACUGUGCACAGCAUGCAGCCACCGUCCAUAAAUGAAAAAUUGUACGCCUUACGGCACAACAUAGUGAUACAAUGAUGAUGUAUAUGGGACCUGUACUGAUGUAUACACCUAUGUUGGACAAAUAAACGCUUUUGACUUUUGAUUCCGCGAUUUUUUCAUACACGUUGCAAUCAUGGCCUAUCAAUGUCGCCAGUAAAUUUAAAAGACAUGAGUAGGUAAUGAUCACACAUACGAUGGAUGAUCGAGUGAGUUUAUAUCGAUAUAUCUCGCAUUUACAGUAAGAUAUCGUACUUACCUUCCAGCCAUGUCGACCAGCCCAUUCCCAUACACCUGCGAGCUAUGCGGUGCGGAGGGCCUCACGGACGAGAUGAUGCGCUCCCACACUCUAGAGGCCCACGUCGCAGGGCGCCCUUCCUGCCCCUUCUGCGACUGCUCCGUGCCCCCACCACAGCUACCAGGCCAUGUACAGAGAGCGCAUCUACACUACCUCACGCCCGAGAGGGAACUUAUGGCGUUCAUAGAUGAUCAGAGUCCUGGGUACGACGAAGACUCAAAGAUGACCACAACAGACAGCUGCAGCUACAACACCCCUGGCUCCAUAAAUGGCUGGCACAGCCCUGAAUCCGCCUCGUUUCAUAAUGGCGCCAUCUCCAAGAACUGUCACAACGGGUUUCAGGAGAAAGAGUUCGAAGAGAGGUCCCCAAAGAACAUCAACUUGGCCAACGGCUUGAAAAACAUCAACACGAGCAACGGGGUAAUUCCAAAGAAGUUGAGUCGGGAAGGUUCCAGAGAACGGGACAUGGUCAACGGGCAUGACAAGAAAAAUUCCAGUCCAAGCCACAAUUCAGGAAGUUAUGAAGGAUCACCAAACAAGAAUAAGUUGACAAUGGCAAGUGCUGGUCAAGGUUCCCCGCUGAGAUCACAAUUAGCAUUAAAACUAAAACCUAACACACCUAAAAAGUCAGUGCCCACUCCAAGCCCUACAGUUCAGUGCCUCCUCUGCGAUUUCACAUCAACAUGUCCUCGAAAGUUAGAAGAGCAUAUAAACCGCGCUCACUUCGACCUGACCUCUCCUUCCGUGAUGGGGAACGCAAACAGCAACACAGCAAACCCGACUUUAACUUUGGACAACCCUACGAACAACACGUUGGACAACCCGACGUUAGCCUACAGUGCGAUGGCGAUGUCCCCCGGGCCUCAUAGCUCGACGUACCAGUGUCCGAUCUGCGAGAGAGAGUUCACGAAUGGUUCGGAUGUGGAAAUGCACGUGAAUGUGGAGCAUAGGGAUAUUUUGAGUCCACAGAAAGCAGACCAGGUGGAUAAUGCCUCCUGCGAUGAUGUAGUCAUGAUGGAAGAGAGUCCUGUGAGUAACUGCCCCGUGUGCUGCCAACCGCUGCCACUGUCACAACAUGAACUGAUUCAGCACAUAGAGGAGCACUUCGAGCGCGGCGAAGAGUGCGGCGCGGCGCUGAGCGCGGCCGAGCGAGAACAGCAGAGGAACAGGGAAGAGCAUGAAUUUCAAAUGUUAAGGCAACAAUACGGCAUGGAAGAGGACUCGGAGGGCUACACGAACCGCGCCAGCAACAGCCUGAAGCGCGCCGUGUACUCCGGCGCGCUGUCCGUGGCGGGCUACUACGAGCGCAGCGUCGGCCUGCGCCGCGCCUCCGCCGCCGGCCUCGACGCCGGCUGCUCCAGGACUAGUGGCAUUUUGGAGAGGAUAGUAGUCCUGAACGCCCAAAAUCAAAGCAUCGUGAAAACCUACCUCUGCAGCGCCGUCGACCACUACGCAAGCACCUACGGGGACCGCGGCUGGGGCUGCGGUUAUAGAAAUAUGCAAAUGCUCCUCUCCUCCCUAAUGCGGAACCCUGAAUACAGCAAACUCCUAAGCUGUAUGACAGAGCAGGACGGCGAAUGUGCGCCGUCCAUACCGCGCCUACAACUUCUAGUGGAACGGGCGUGGCAGAUGGGCUUCGACACGCAGGGUUCAGAGCAGCUGGGCUGCAAGCUACAUAACACUCGCAAAUGGAUCGGGGCCUGCGAAGUCGUCACCGUGCUGUCCUCCCUCAGGAUACGAUGCCAACUGAUUGAUUUCCACAAACCGACGGGUCCCGACGGCGGGCACCCGGCCCUGUUCGACUGGGUGCUGCGAUACUUCACCGAGGACCCCAACGGGUUCAAGGCACCGCUUUACUUGCAGCACCAAGGGCAUUCUAGAACGAUAAUAGGCUACGAGAAGCAUAAAGACGGCAAGGCGACAUUGCUGGUGCUCGACCCCUCACAUUCGCCUGCACAAGUGCGACAAGUCCUACUGGGCAGUAUGUGCGCCUGCGCGGCUGCGCUGCGCCUGCUCCGCCGUGGUUCUCCCGCCCUGCGCGCGCGCCAGUACCAACUGCUCGCCGUCACCGGCGUCAUGCGAGACCAGCAGGAGUAUGAGGCCAGUAAAGUACUACAAUCAGUCCGAAUCCCAUAGUGAAGGCAGCGUGGCUCCGCCAUCCUCAACUCUAUGCAGGCCACAUACAGCUCAUUUUCCGGCUGCAGCUCAACACAUCUCUAUGGCCAUUUAUGGUAUGGUUUUAACAAACAAAUGGUCAAUUCGAUUGUAUUAUGUAUCAUAAUUAUUAAUAUGCAUUCUUUUAGUAUUUUACUUCUUCGAAUUAUUCAUAUUAAUAUCAUGGUCAUUAGUAAAUAUUUCACGAUUGAAUUUAAUUUACUACCUCUUUAUUAUUUUGUCAAUUUCUUAAAUAAUUCAAUUUUAGUUUACAUAUCGCAAUAUUUUCAUAAUCAACGACGCGUUGUAAUAAAAUAGUUAUAAAAACAAUAAGAAUACAAAAUGUCGGUCGAUUAGUAAUAAAUAAAAAUAAAUUGUUUAUAGUAAACAUGGCUUCGUGAUAUGCCUUCGAUAUUUAAGAGUAUUUUAGUGUUUUAAAGAGUGAUAUAAAUAAUAAAUAGUUAUUCUACGCGUAGACAAGUAGAUACUGCAGUAUUAAAAAGUAUAUAUUAUAUUAUUAUUAUUAAUUACAGAAAUUUAAGUGUAGUUAGUGUUUCAGAAAUAUUUUGUGUGUGAUUACGAUAAAAAUGCUCUUAUUACACACCUCAAUAAAAAAAACAAUACAGAAAGGAAACAGCGACACAAAUAGAGGUAAACACAAACAGGCUUAACACUCUAAGCCUGUUUGUGUUAGCCACACUAAUCGAUCAAUCAUCGAUCGAUGGCAUGGAUCGACGUUGACAUGGAACAGUCGAUAUAGAUCGAUAGUUUCUACUCGGCCAAUCGA